GGCCCCAGCUGGCCUCUGUGCCGUCGUUACCGUGGGGAUGGCAGCUGCCGCCGCCGCCGCUGCCGCUCUGCCUGGGGGUCUCCGGGCCCCCCCCGCCGGCCUCGAGCCGGGGGGCAGGCCGGAGCCGGUGGAGGGAUCCGAGUGCCUCUUCGUGGUGCUGGGGGCCGGCUUCACGGCGCUGAGCCACCCGCUGCUCUACGUCAAGCUGCUGAUCCAGGUCAGGCAUGAACCUCUACCUCCAACCAUUGGGAGAAACGUGCUGGGAAAAAAAGUAUUAUACCUACCUGGCUUUUUCACAUAUGCUAGACACAUUGUGGAAGUGGAUGGGAAAAUGGGCCUCUUUCGUGGCCUUGCUCCUCGAAUCCUCUCUAGCACUUUAUCCACUGUCACCCGAGGGACUGUGAAGAAGGUCUUUCCUGUGGAGGACAUGGAGCAUGUUUCUAACAAGGAUGAUGUGAAGACUUCUCUCAGAAAAGUGGUGAAAGAGACCUCUCAUGAGAUGCUGAUGCAGUGUAUGUCCCGGGUUAUCUCGCAUCCCCUGCAUGUAAUCUCGAUGCGCUGCAUGGUCCAGUUUGUAGGUCGGGAAGUCAAAUACAGUGGUGUGUUCAGCUCCAUUGGCAGGAUUUUUAAAGAAGAAGGGAUCUUGGGAUUCUUUGUUGGUUUAGUCCCUCACAUCCUGGGAGACGUGGUCUUCUUGUGGUGCUGUAACAUUCUGGCUCAUUUCAUCAACACCUAUGCAGUGGAUGACAAUUUCAGCCAGGCAUCUGUGAUCCGGAGCUACACGAAGUUUGUGAUGGGGAUUGCUGUGAGCAUGCUGACGUAUCCCUUCCUUCUAGUGGGAGAUCUCAUGGCCGUGAACAAUUGCGGGUUACAUGCCGGCCUUCCUCCGUACUCUCCUGUGUUUACAUCCUGGGUUCAGUGUUGGAGACACCUCAGUGCUCAGGGGCAGUUGUUCCGGGGCUCCAGCCUGCUUUUCCGCAGAGUGUCUGCAGCAGCAAGGUUCCCCAUUGACUAAUUCUGCUUUCACUUUAUUAACUCAUUACCUCGGCUAAAAGAAAGGGACAAAUGUGGACUCUUUGUAAGGAACCCUUAAAGCCUCUUUUGGUAUUUUUCUUUUACAUCUGAAAACCAAGGUGCAGGAACAAGCCACCUCCUGUCCAGCGAGGCUGGAAAUGAAUCAGCCUGUGGAGAGCUGGCUUCUGAGCUGCAACUGGGUUGAAUUCCCUUUCUGGUGGUUAGUUUGACCAUGAUGUACCAGUGAGAGCAGAAGGGUGUUGGCUCUUCGGCUCAGCUUGCAGUUUUUGAGUCAGAAGGGACAGUCUGUUUGGAUAAUACCCAGGUGUUUAAACAGCCCAGCCCAGAGACACUAUCAGGGAUCCAGGUGCAGAGACAAGAAGCUGCUUUAGGCAACACAUACUUGAGAGAUGUUAACUGGAAAGCAGCAACGUCUGAAUUUGCCCUGCUGAUCGGAUCACGCCAAACCCUGGCCAUCCCUUUUUGUGCCGCAUAGUGAUACAAUAAGUGAGCCUAAGCUUCUUAGCACUCUCGUCUCCAGCCUCCACCUUAGUGAACAUCCUCUUUAUAAGUUAUCGGUCUACUGAAGCACCUUACGUCUUAAUGUGAAUGGGAGUCGUCAGAGCCAGCAAGGGUUAAACGGAGGCGGAGACCAGGCUGGGAUGAGGAUGUUAAGUCUCAUUCCUGGUAAAGUACCACCUCCAGAUAACCAGUAGUACAUCCUUCGCUCUGGAGGACAUUUCAUCAGCCAACCAGCUCCAUCCUGGGUUUGAGUACCCCAUGUCUCCCACAUUCAAACUCUUGAAGGGUAUGUGAACACCAAGGACCUAGAUGCUUUCCAAGGCUGUGUUAUGGGAAAUAACCUUAUUAAAUUAAAAGGAAACUGAGGCUGAGACAAGAACAAUGAAGUCACAGUGAGAUUAGUAGGACUAGAAGGGUCUCUCAGGGGAAGUGUUGGGGCGCGAACUAGAAUGAGCAGAGCAUUUUGGUGAGGAUUAUGCAGCUACUGCAUGGCUAGGGGUGUGAGAAGAAAGACCUGACUCUAAUUGUGAACCUGCUGCAAUAGGGAUUUAAGAAUAUAAUCUAUGGGACUUCCUGCUGCUGGAUAUUACUUAGACAACUAAACUUGACACGCAAGUGUGCACAAAAAGAAUAUUCCCUGGCUGCUGUGUGAGAUAGGAUAUGGGAUUAGAUGGACCACUAGUCUGAGCUGGCAUGUGUCUAUUCCCGGACUGGCCCUAGUGAGUCUCAGUGACUCAAAGUCAACCAGGACCAAAUUCAGACAACAGCUCCAAUUGCUGCCUCUGUCAGAUCGAAGCACCAAUACUUGAUACAGCUAGACCAGAAAUGUGCCAUCUUACUUCCGAGGUGCCAAUGAAGAGCAUUUUUUUUAUUAGUUCAAUUUGCUAAUAGGUGAGGUUGCUACAAAAUGAAUUGGCUUCACUUCAAAUGUGAACAUUGUCUUGUUUAUUAGCCGCUGACUAGAGUAAUGGAACAAACCUAAAGCAGGAAGAGUGGAGAGAAUAUCAGACAGUGAAUUUCAUU